AUGAGCUCGGCGCAGCGAAGGCCGCCCAAGGGAGUGCUCAGCCUGGACAUGCCCGCAGAAAGGCCCUCGAUAUGCUCUGUUUGCACACUUUUGGUUAAGAAAGAUGAAGUGAAACUGCUCUAUCAGGAUGGCCCUCAGAGGAAAAAACGGAAGUCUGAAGUUACGGAAGUGGACAGACAGUUAGAUAUCCUAGCUAUUGGCACAGCAGUUGGUAGCAUUUUGUUGUAUAGCACAGUAAAAGGAGAAUUACAGAGCAAACUAGAUGGUGGCCAUGAUAAUAAAGUAAAUUGUGUGAGGUGGCAUCCAGAAAACUCUUUUUUAUAUAGCUGUUCAGAGGACAAACACAUUGUGGAAUGGAACACACAGACCUGCAAAGUGAAGUGCAAGUGGAAAGCAGACAACAGCAGUGUCAGCUCGCUAUGUAUCAGUCCAGACGGGAAGAUGCUGCUUUCAGCUGGUAGAACUAUAAAACUGUGGGACCUGGAGACCAAAGAAGUCUACAGACAUUUCACAGGCCAUGCUACAUCAGUUUCAUCAUUAACGUUUACGACAGUGAAGCCUAUGAAUGAAAAUACGCCCUUUGAUGGAAUUACAGGACUUUAUUUCUUGUCUGGAGCUGUACAUGACCGGUUACUGAGUGUAUGGCAAAUCAGAUCAGAUAGGAAAGAAAAGAAUGCCGUGAUGUCUUUCACAGUAACAGAUGAACCAACUUUUAUCGACCUGACUGUGUCAGAAGUCAAAGAAGAGCCUGUGAAGUUAGCAGUUGUGUGCAGAGAUGGACAGUUGCAUUUAUUUGAACAUAUUUUAAAUGGUUACUGUAAAAAACCCUUAACAUCAAACUGCACUAUCCAGAUAGCAACGCCUGGAAACAACGAGGACUCCACUCCAAAACCUGUCCCUAUUCUAGCAGCUGCAUUUUGUACAGACAAACAGUCUCUGCUGCUUGUGUAUGGCAACACCUUACAGCCCAUCAUAGAGAGAGUGUCUUUGAACACCGCUGAAUCCCACGUAUGUUUGAUAAGGGAUGUCCAUAAAGUGUUGGCGCUUAAAACAGAUGUGGCGGUAACAAAGAUCAAGACGCCUGUUGUGAACACAGACACCAAGGUUCUACUGCCUGGAAUUCCGGGACAUAGUGCAUCCAUCAAAACUCCACUCUCAGGAAAGGAGAAAAAUAAAAGCAAAAGGAAACCAGGAGACACAGAGGAAAGCAUUGAAGACCGCCUGGGGGCACUGGAUAUUGAUGUGAGCAAAGUAAAAACUCCAGGUGGCCUUCCACAAACUGAUAGCUUCGCCGUACUUUUAGUGCAGGGCUUGGAAAGCAACGAUUCAGACAUUUUAAAUAAAGUGCUUACCACAAGAAAGGAAACUUUAAUAAAAAACACUGUAGCCAGAAUGCCUAUACAUGCUGUCAUUCCACUGCUGCAUGAGCUUACAAAGAGAUUGCAAGGCAACCCAUACAGUGCCUCACAAAUGGUUCGAUGGCUGAAGUGUGUUUUUACUCUACAUGCAUCCUACCUUUCCACAUUGCCGGACCUUAUUCCCCAGCUGGGAAUGUUAUACCAAUUAAUGGAGAGCAGAGUAAAAACUUUGCAAAAGCUUUCUCGUCUGCACGGAAGACUCUUCCUUCUCAUCACCCAGGUUGCAGCAUCGGAAGCAGUUCAGGAUGUUACUGAGGUUAAUCAGACUGCAAAGCUGGUAUACGAGGAUGAAUCCUCAGAGGAAGGGUCUGAUGAUGAGAUGAUUGCGGAUAAAGAUUCAGAUGAAAACUGGGAUGAAGAUGAUGAAAAAGAGGAGCAAUCAGAUGAACAAGACAUGGUUGUUGAAAAGGAAAUCAAUGGUGAUUCUGAUUUGGAACCAGAAAAUGAAAGUGAAGAAGAAUAACAGAAAAAAAAAAAAAGGAAAAGAAUAAACAGGUUAAAGAAGCAGGCCACCAGAACUCUAAUUCUGGAUCAUCUUGUUGAAAGAUGCAUAGUUGCAUAUAGGGAGUGCAGACUCAUGCACAGCCUGUGUGCAGAGGCACAUGUGGGACACUGUGCGUUUCUGAAUCCAGAAUGUUUAACCACGCCAGCCUUCUCUCGCCCUAUUUCCCUGUGCUUACUAUAAAAACAUUUCUUCCACCUCAUGGUCAGAUUAUGCCUGUCAUGUGGACAUGCAUUUGUAUCUCAAUUGAAAUAAAUCUGCCACCGCUGUUUGUGUGGUAACCUUG